AUGCCCCCCCAAGUGGCUUCUUUUACUACCAUUGAUCAGGUCCUUGAUGGGAAGGUCGCUGCAGGAGCGCGCAUCAACGUAAUCGGAUUAGUCAUUGAUUUCAGAGCUCCGGUUCCAACAAGAGGCACGGACUUCAAGGCCCAGAUACGCUUCUACGAUGAAUCUACCCAAGAUGAUGACGACGCCAAGUCGUUGACCAUAAGCAUCUUUCGUGAACCAAAUGCCAUACCACAGCCUGACUGUGGCGAUGUAGUCGUCAUUUUCGGCGCAAAGGUGGUCCAAUUCUUCAAUUCCGAGCCCUGUCUACUGACGCACCGGACGACAGAUAUUUAUGUGUUUUCUGCUUCAAACUUCCCAAAGCCUCCGCAAGAUGCAAAAAUCGCUUUGCAAUCGCCCCUCAAGUCAGCCAGCAGAGCUCUUACAGAUGCCGACUUUGCCCAUGUAUCCGCCUUCUACCAUCGCCUUGGCAAGGAUAGGUUGCCAACAGCAGCUGAAUACCACUCCAUGGUGCAAAGUUCUACGCAGGUCAAAGAGAAAUUCAGUCUUUUCAAAGACGUUGACUGCGGACGCUUCGUCGACGUCAUUGCUGAAGUCGUCAAAGAGCCGUACGACUUGGGCGACAGGUUUACUCUCUGGAUAUCCGACUACACGGAGCAUUCGAAUUUUUUUAAUUUUACUCACAACCUUGAUAAUUUGCGCGCUGACCCGUACAAUUACACCGUUGGCUCCAAGACCACGGACAACGACUGGAAGGGCCCGUACGGCAAGCGCAGCUUGCAGAUUACAUGCUGGGAACCACAUGCAGAGGCUAUCAAGGCAAACAAAAUCACCGUCGGCUCUUGGGUCUCUAUCCGAAAUCUUCAAAUCAAAUGGGGCCGCAACAGCAACAACUUGGAGGGCUUUCUUCGAGGGGAUCAGCGGUUUCCCACCAAAGUCUACAUCUCAUUGCUCAACAUAGACGACCGCGACAGCAUGGACGAUCGGUUGAUAGAAACCCUUCGGCGACGUCGAGACUAUGAUAGAGAGAAGAAGAAACAGCUCAAGUCGAUAACCGACGCUGCAAAGGCAGUCAGAUGUGAAAACGACAGGCAACCACUAAGCACCGUAGCAGAACUCCUGGAACAGGUCUAUUUUGAGACUCUCAUCGGCAAGGACGCCGCCAAGUUGCCGCUCCCAUUCACAAACGCCAGCUACCGCGCGAGCGUCCGCGUCAAGAACUACCUGCCACACAAGCUGGAAGACUUUGCCUUUGCCAGAUUGGAGGGCGACGUGUACGACGUCCUGUCCGAUCCGGAAUAUGACUCCUCCUCGUCCGACGACGACAACGAGGAGGACAUGAACAGCUACGUCACCUCGGAAAAGAUCAUCGGGUGGGAGUGGCGCUUCCACCUCCUCCUGGAGGACGCGCAAGACGCGGACGCGAAUGUCUGGGUCACCGUCGACAACCACGCUGCGCAGUGCCUGCUGGCCAUGGACGCGUGCGACCUCAGGAACAGCAGGGCGGUGCUGUCGCGGCUGCGCGAGAAGAUGUUCCACCUCUGGGGCGACCUGGAGGAGCUCAAGACUUGCAAGCUGCAGGGCAGGGCGGCGGCGGAGAGGCGGGCGCGGGCCAACGGGCCUCCCGCGGACAGCAGCGACGUCGAGGAGGCGGCGGCGGCGGCGUCGUCGGAGGCGGAGAUGCCGUCCAACUUGCCGUUUUCAUGCUGCAUCAAGCAGUACGGCGUCACGGUUCGCGAAGCGGAUGAGGACAAAGCGGACGCUGGCAAGGGGAGGCGCUGGCAGCGCAUGUACGGACUCUUUGGCACGCAGAUAGCCGGGUAA